GCGCCGGGCCGCUGUUGACGAUUUCCCAGCCAGAAAAGCCCAGCCCAGUGGCUGGGCAAGAGACUCGCGGCGCGCCUGGGCGGCACCCGGAGGACCUAGGCUCCCGGAGGACAAGGAACCGCCCAACAUGGCAUCGGAGAGCGGGAAGCUAUGGGGUGGCCGGUUUGUCGGCUCAGUGGACCCCAUCAUGGAGAAGUUCAACUCAUCCAUCACGUACGACCGGCACCUCUGGGAGGUGGACGUGCAAGGCAGCAAAGCCUACAGCCGGGGCCUGGAGAAGGCGGGGCUCCUCACCAAAGCCGAGAUGGACCAGAUACUCCAUGGCCUGGACAAGGUAGCUGAGGAGUGGGCUCAGGGCACCUUCAAACUAAACCCCAAUGAUGAGGACAUCCAUACGGCCAAUGAGCGACGUCUGAAGGAGCUCAUUGGUGAAACCGCGGGGAAGCUGCACACGGGACGAAGUCGGAAUGACCAGGUGGUCACUGACCUCAGGCUGUGGAUGCGGCAGAAUUGCUCCACGCUCUCAGCCCUCCUCUGCGAACUCAUCAGAACCAUGGUGGAUCGGGCAGAGGCGGAACGUGAUGUCCUCUUCCCAGGGUACACACACCUGCAAAGGGCUCAGCCCAUCCGCUGGAGCCACUGGAUCCUGAGCCAUGCCGUGGCUCUGACCAGAGACUCUGAAAGGCUGCUGGAGGUGCGGAAGCGGAUCAAUGUCCUGCCCCUGGGGAGCGGGGCGAUUGCAGGCAACCCCCUGGGUGUGGACCGGGAGCUGCUCCGAGCAGAACUGGACUUUGAGGCCAUAACUCUCAACAGCAUGGAUGCCACCAGUGAGCGAGACUUUGUGGCCGAGUUCCUGUUCUGGGCUUCACUGUGCAUGACCCACCUCAGCAGGAUGGCUGAGGAUCUCAUCCUCUAUGGCACCAAGGAAUUCAACUUCGUGCAGCUCUCAGAUGCCUACAGCACCGGAAGCAGCCUGAUGCCCCAGAAGAAAAACCCAGAUAGCCUGGAGCUGAUCCGGAGCAAGGCGGGGCGAGUGUUUGGGCGGUCCUCCCUCUCCCCACAGUGUGCUGGGCUCCUGAUGACACUUAAGGGACUUCCGAGCACCUACAACAAGGACUUACAGGAGGACAAGGAAGCCGUGUUUGAAGUGUCCGACACUAUGAGUGCCGUCCUCCAAGUGGCCACUGGCGUCAUCUCUACCUUGCAGAUUCACCGUGAUAACAUGGGACGGGCUCUGAGUCCUGACAUGCUGGCCACUGACCUCGCCUACUACCUGGUCCGCAAAGGGAUGCCAUUCCGCCAGGCCCACGAGGCCUCCGGGAAAGCCGUGUUCAUGGCCGAGACCAAGGGGGUCGCCCUCAAUCAGCUGUCACUGCAGGAGCUGCAGACCAUCAGCCCCCUGUUCUCGGGAGACGUGAACCACGUGUGGGACUACGGACACAGCGUGGAGCAGUACGAGGCCCUGGGGGGCACCGCGCGCUCCAGUGUCGACUGGCAGAUCGGCCAGCUGCGAGCUCUCCUCCGGGCACAACAGGCCUAAAGCCCUCCCCACGCCUCUCCCAAAUAAAGUGGGUCCUAGAGGA